AUGGAUGAUGACGCCCAGGAUGCCAUUGCCACCAUGGCCGCUGCAAUCAGGGCUACCCUUCCUCCUCCUGUUGCCCCAAGCAUGGUCGUGGCGCUCGCCACCAUCAAUGUCAAGACCCACAUCCUUUUCGCCCUCGAGCUUGAUCCCCCAAACUACUCCACAUGGCGGGAGUUGUUCCUCACCCAUGUCGGCAAGUUCGGUGCUUCAUCUCACAUCGACGGCAUGCUGGCGCCAGCAGCGCCCGACGCUGCUGAACUUGCGGUCGACUGCUCCAUCCGCUCGGUCAUCUACUCUUCAUCGUCGCCUCGCGUGAUGCGUUUGAUCAUGGAGACCGAUGCUUCUGCUCAUACAGUCUGGACCAAGGCGGUGAAUCUCUUCCUCGACAACAAGGCUUCUCAGGCUAUGACCCUUGAGGCAAAGUUUCAUGCUCUGGCACAGGGCGACCGGCCUGCAAACAUAUCACGAUCUCAGCGGCGUUGUGAUGAAGCUGACGCCGGCGCCGGCGCCCACAUAAUUACGCCGCACGCAGUACCGUCCUUGUCAAAGCGUUGGCGUGCAGCUGGAUCUCCGAUAAUCAAAGACCGAUGGAAUCCACCGUACGACGCACCAGGGGGCAGGGUCCUCCCCGGUCACGCGGCAGUCACCCCGCGCUCUCCCGCCGCACCGCAUCGCAUCGCGUCCUCCGCCGGCCUCGCCGUCGGCGCCAUUGGCGCGGCUCGCCUUCAACUGCCCGUCCGCCGGAACCAACCAGAUGGACAAGGGUUUGGGGAUGUUCCUAUGCUGAAUUUGCUUGUUCCACACAAUUGGAUCGGCAAGUGGGACAGUGAGUCCAGCUUGUUUCUGAAUUCGGCUAAACAUAUGCUGAUCUGGAAACUGCUUCCCAUGAAAUUGCAACUAGAUGUGUCCCCAGGAGCUGAGAGCAUAGUAAAUUGCUACCAUGUGAAGCAUUCCUUUGAUAAGAAAAAUGAGUACUUGGAUGAUGCUGAGGACCAGCUUGCCCAUAGUGAUAGAAGCAUGUUCCAGGGGAGGAAAGAAAAGGCAGGUAGUUACAUGGUUGGCGACAAUUCUGAUGUAACAACUAAACCAGAGGAAGGUGCUGUAGAUCAUCAUUCAGAUACUUUUGAUCGUAAUGAGAAUACUGGAGAAACUGUGUUCGAUAAAUACAGUACUAACUUGCAUGAAGAUGACAAGAGAAACACUGAGAGGUCAGAAGCGGAAGAAGGACAAGUCAACAGUGCAGAUGGUAAUACAGAAGCUAAUAAUAAUAACAAUGAAGAUGAAACCACCGGUCAUGCAGAAGAAGGCAAGCAUGAUACUGAAUCCAACUCUGCUGCUGAGAGUAAAAGUGAAGUCAAUUCAACUGGAGAUGAUAUGUCCCAAAACAAUCAUGCACAAGAGGAAAACACUGGGGUGGUAAGUGGAACGUCUCAUGAUGAAGUGGUGCAAGGUGAUGAAUCAACCAGUACAAGUGGAAGUGGGAAUGGAUCCCUUCCUGACGAUGCCAAGGCCGAAGCAACCGAUGACCAUGCUACUGGCAGUCUUCCUAACGAAACAGGGAAUAUACCAUCAGUUCAUACUGAUAAUUCACAAAAUGAUGCCAGUGAAAACCAAGGUGAUGCAACUUCCACUACCUCAGAUUCAUCUGAGCAUGGCACCGGUGAGGCUGUCCAUAUUGAAACUGGAUUGGAAGAUGAAAGUGCAACAGCAUCAUCUGGGACUGGAUCUGGUGAUGACAAGGGUAACUCAUCUGAUAGCACCUCUGCAGAAGAAAAUACUGAGACUGCAUCUGGUGAUGAUGAGAAGGGCACAGAAAUGGGUACAGCCACUGAAGCGUCAUAUUCCAAAGAAGAGAACUCUGAGAACAGCAGUGUCUCAACUGAGGCAGAGAACUCCCAAGGAGAUUCUUCCAGUGGAGUGAAUGGUUCUUCAGAAGAGACAUCUAACAAGGGUGAUGGAGCUACAGAAACGUCUAACAAUGGUGAGCAGGUGGAUCCCAAAAUUGAAACUAGCACAUCCACCAAUGACGAGCACAAUGAAUCUCAAGGGGCUGCUGGCAGCUCUGGAUCAAAUGACUCAAAUGGUAACGGCCCUGAACAAACCGGUAAAACUGAAAGCCAGUGA